AGAAGCCCAGGGAAGGUGGUACUUCCAGGCCAGAAGGGAUGGUUGUUUCUUGUUCCUUUCCAAACUCUCAGUAUCCCACAGUGUGAGCCCUCUCAGAUCAGCAUCUUGCUUAUUUCAUGCUUUUAGAUGCUUCUGCAAUGCAAACCAAUAGAUGUUUCUACCUGGCUAUCACUGAGUACCAACGUGAAGUCACCCACCUGAAGUGAUAAAAUCAGGAGAGAUGGGAAACCCAGACAGCACUGGAGAUGCUUAUGUAGCUGUGAUUCGUCCCAAAAACACUGCCAGCCUCAAUUCCCGGGAGUAUCGAGCCAAAUCCUAUGAAAUUUUGUUGCUUGAAGUUCCCAUUGAAGGCCAAAAGAAAAAAAGAAAGAAAGUUUUGUUGGAAACUAAGGUGCAAGGAGGCACUGAGAUAGCCCAGAGCAUCUUGGAUUAUGUACUGGAAACCACCAAACCAAUUUCACCAGCCAACCAGGGUAUUAAAGGAAAGCGUGUGGUGUUAAUGAAGAAGUUUCCUCUUGAUGGGGAGAAGGCAGGCCAGGAGGCUUCACUUUACAUUGUUCCAGCUGUUGUGAAAGAUAACACCAAAUAUGCCUACACUCCUGGCUGCCCUAUCUUCUACUGUUUACAAGACAUCAUGAGGGUCUGCAGUGAAUCCAGCACCCACUUUGCUACACUUACUGCAAGGAUGCUAAUUGCCUUGGAUAAGUGGCUGGACGAACGGCACUCCCGGUCUCACUCCAUCCCAGCUUUAUUCAGACCAUCUCCUCUGGAGAGAAUUAAAACAAAUGUCAUAAACCCAGCCUAUGCCAUAGAACCUGGUCAGACAGAGAGCUCCUUACACAUGGGUUACACUGCCCUGGAAAUAAAGAGUAAAAUGCUGGCACUGGAGAAAGCAGAUGUGUGUAUCUAUAACCCUCUGUUUGGGUCUGACCUGCAAUAUACCAAUAGGGUUGACAAAGUGGUAAUAAAUCCAUACUUUGGCCUUGGAGCCCCAGACUAUUCAAAGAUUCAGAUCCCUAAAAGAGAAAAGUGGCAACGUAGCAUGAGCAGUGUCACAGAGGACAAGGAACACCAGUGGGUGGAUGACUUCCCUCUUCACCGCAGCGCCUGCGAAGGUGACUCUGAUUUACUGAGCCAUCUCCUGGAUAAAAAGUUUUCUGUCAACCAGCUGGACAGUGACCACUGGGCACCUAUCCACUAUGCAUGCUGGUAUGGAAAAGUUGAAGCCACUCGAAUGCUGCUGGAGAAAGGGAAAUGCAAUCCAAAUCUUCUGAAUGGCCAACUUAGCUCCCCUCUGCAUUUUGCUGCUGGGGGUGGACAUGCUGAAAUAGUGCAAAUCCUACUGAAUCAUCCCGAAAUUGACAGACACAUCACUGACCAGCAAGGAAGGUCCCCACUCAAUGUCUGUGAAGAGAACAAACAAAACGAGUGGGAAGAAACUGCCAAACUGCUGAAGGAAGCCAUAAAUAAACCUUACGAGAAGGCGCGGAUUUACCGCAUGGAUGGCUCCUACCGCUCCGUGGAGCUGAAGCAUGGCAACAACACCACUGUGCAGCAGAUCAUGGAGGGCAUGCGUCUGUCUCAAGAAACUCAGCAGUACUUCACCAUCUGGAUCUGUUCUGAGAACCUCAGCCUCCAGCUGAAGCCAUACCACAAACCUCUGCAGCAUAUUCGAGACUGGCCUGAAAUAUUCACUGAACUGACAAACUUGGAUCCACAAAGGGAAACUUCACAGCUUUUCCUGAGAAGGGAUGUUAGACUUCCACUGGAAAUAGAGAAAAAGAUUGAGGAUCCAUUGGCUAUCCUCAUCCUUUUUGACGAAGCCAGAUAUAAUUUGCUGAAAGGUUUCUACACAUCACCUGAUGCCAAGCUGAUCACACUGGCAAGUCUGCUUCUACAAAUAGUCUAUGGAAAUUAUGAGAGCAAGAAACAUAAACAGGGCUUUCUAAAUGAAGAAAAUCUCAAAUCUAUAGUACCAAUCACUAAGCUAAAAAGCAAAGCUCCUCACUGGACAAACAGGAUACUUCAUGAGUACAAGAACCUCAGCACCAGUGAAGGUGUAAGCAAAGAGAUGCAUCACCUCCAGCGCAUGUUCCUGCAGAACUGCUGGGAGAUUCCCACCUAUGGAGCAGCUUUUUUCACAGGACAGAUAUUCACCAAAGCAAGUUCAAGUAGCCAUAAAGUCAUCAAAGUCUAUGUAGGAGUGAAUGUAAAAGGGCUGCACCUCCUUAACAUGGAAACAAAGGCUUUACUGCUCAGCCUGAAGUAUGGCUGUUUUAUGUGGCAGCUGGGAGAUGGAGAUACGUGUUUCCAAAUCCACAGCCUGGAAAACAAAAUGAGCUUCAUUGUGCAUACCAAACAGGCAGGCCUCGUCAUAAAGCUCCUGAUGAAAUUAAAUGGCCAGCUAAUGCCUGCUGAAAGAAACGAGUGACGGGAAUGAAGGAGAGCUCUGACACAGCAGCCGAUGGCCAAGCAAAAAAAUACUUCAUCACAGAAGACUUCCACGUGGGUGAAUUUCCCACAAGAGAAAGGUCCAUUUGUACAGUUUUGUACCUUUGUACAGAAGCUGCAUGGUUUAUUUUUUUAAGAAAGCUCUACAGCACAGCUAUUAUUUUUAUAAGUAUUUUUGUCUUUCCUAUAUAAGCUAUGGUAGGGCUGGAGCUUAACCAGCAAAGCCAAGACGUGUCGCUGGGUUAGCAAGCUGGACGAAGCUGGAGGCUUUUGUUCCCAGGGGGACUACCAGUGCCAUUAAGCAAGUCUUAAUUGACCUCUUGACCUUUGCUGGGCCGUGGAGGAGGUUGUGGUUGUUACAGGAUUUUGUAGACACACUUUAUAUUUAAGAUACUGUUGAGAAGUAGGCUUAAAAGAGCAGACAGACCUUUGAGCUACUACUACCUUUGAUAAACUCUUUUUAUGUGGAUUCUGACAAACGUAAGAGCUGGCUUUAUUUUUACUCUUAACUUUCUCCUACUUUGUAUUUAUUCUAAGAUAUUCUAGUGGGAGGUGUCCCUGCCUAUGGCAGGGGGUUGGAACUGGCGGAGCUUUGAGGUCACUUCCAACCUAAACCAUUCUGUGAUUCUAUACUGCAUGAGGAUGUCAAAAGGGAAAUACUUUAAAUCGUCCAGAAGCCAUAUUAAACGUUUAGCAUGCUUGGAGUUGAAAAACAAAAAGGAAUGGGUUUUACUUUUGCUGUGCAAUAUAAAAGGUGGAUGUAGAGGAGGGGGAGACGCAGAUUUACAAACUAAUCUUAACUCAGAGGACUUGAGAAAGCUGGAUAAAUCCCACCCUGGAUUGCAACACAACGUGCAGUAACCGAAGCUGGUGUAGGAGGUACUCAGUUAUUCCUGUCCGACUCAUUUUAUGACUGGUUCCUUCAGUCUGUCCAGGCUGCAAAGAGUGCAGGAAUGAAGGCUGAUAUGGCAAGGAAGUCAGAGGCAGUUUGUAAGCUACUCUGUGGAGUCAGGAUCGGGUGCCGGGUGCCAGACGAGACCCUACAUCCGCUCUGAAACGCAGCCUUGGCCACCAGAGCAGCACGCAGGAGAUGAACGUUUGGGGUUGUACGUUCAGGGUGUUAAGUGCACUUGAUGAUUUCUUCCGUGUGACCUGCAUGCUAAAGCAGUGUGCAAUAUUUUGUAAAGAAGUUUUAAAAUAAAUAAAUAAGGAACAAAAAAAAAAAUCAGCAAUUGCCUCAAGUUUUGAAAGGGAAGUUCAAAACAAAUGUGCUGGUUUCUGUAGGAACUUCACUCAUCCCUUACCACUACUAAGUGCAGUUCAACAAACGAUAGGAGUUGAAGGGAGCAGAAGACUUCUAUUUUGUAAUCUUCUUAGCAGGCUCUACUUUUUUCUACUUAACCACCGUGGCAUAAAUCCCAGAAAUCUCUAUGGACUCCUAGGUUUUAUUUAAGGUAAUUAACACGAGAGUCAGGUCUGGCACCGUGCAGCACAGGCAGCACCUGGCUCUGCUAGCAGAAAUACAACUCUCUACGUAGCACUUUGUUAGAAAGAGGGAAAAAGAAAAGGUUCAAGUGUCUGUCAGUUGCUCAUCAAUAGUCUGCCUUAUUGCUGUGUCAUUCUUUCUGCUACAUUCUUAUUUAUUACUACCUAAUAAAUUGUUUGCAACGA